CUUGUUUUAUUAUUUUCAUGAGGAGGGGAAGCCAUGCAAUGAUGGGAAGAACAAAACUCGGCUUGUUUCUGGCCUCUAACGAGCACCACUGUCAUUGAGCACGAACUCUUCGUUUGAAGAAAAAGCUGCGCUAAAGUUCACGGGAAGCGCAGUUGAGCCUCGUCCGGUGCAACCCCCCCCCCAAGGCCUGUGGACACAAAGUAAGUGGCGGGGGGUCGGCGCUCCGUGGGGGUCAAGUUUGCUUCCACAGGAGCCGGAGGUGAAGUGAGGCUGACGGUGAGCCCGAUCGUCUGAUCGCCUGAACGCUGCAGGGAGGCACAAGUUCCGUUUCUGCACAGGAAAAAGAGCCACGUGAAGGAGUCAGAGAGCGAAGCGUCGCUGCACGAGAGCCGCAGCGAGACAAGCCCACAGGAAGAGGAAGAGGAGGGGGGUGCGGCUCGCGGAAGCUUCCUAGUCAGCCGUCCGAGCGGCUCUUGUGACAGGUUGUCAGGGCGCAGCGCCACGGCGGCCCCCGCGCUCCUCGCUCUAAAACCGCCGAAGCGCAUUUUUCAGGCGCCGAAAGCAUCCUUCCAGGGUACAGAGCUUCUGUCGCACUGGUGGGAUUCAAACCAAGAAGCAUCAGACUGCAAGGCACCAGUCCUGCUUGCCUGCUGUGAAUCUGCCGAGGGACAGUUGCUGUAGAGGCAGACGAGUACAAACAAGGCGAGGGGGAAGGAGUGCUGCUCGCUUCGCGUCUGGCACAGCCGGGUUGGGCGCCGAGCACCCGCAGGACGUUUGUCCGUCUACAGCCGGGCCCUCCCUUUCCUGGAUGUGCAAAACGGUGUUCGCGUCGACCGCUGCACGUAUCUUUGACCACUCCAGUACAGACACGUGGUCAGUCGUACCCGCGCAGACGUGCACGAGGGAGAGGACCGCUGUCCUCUGGACGAGCUGCAAGAGCUCCGAAGGGCUGAACGAAGGCAAGAGCGCACAUCGUGAAGAUGGAAGACAAAGACACCUCUGAAAGCCCGGGAGACAGCCAGUUGGAGGAAGAGGGAACCAGCGAACCCCGUGCUUCCAGCAUUUCCCCAUUCUCGUCUCAGCUGAGGGCUAUGAUGCGCAUCCGCCACAAAUACCAGGCCAUGAAGAAGCGUCGUGCAGAGAUGAACGGCCUCAGUGCUUCUGUACGACCAGUGGUGCGCUCCACAAACCCCGAGGUCUUUACUUUUGAUGAGGUAGCAACAAGUAGCACAGAAUGGCACCGCAAGAGGAAGAAGAAGAGGAGGUCACGAGUUCUUUUCCCCAACGAAAGCCGAAAGUUUGUGCCCCACAAGGACCGCAGCCGAGCAAAGCCAUUUUUGGUUCUUCUUAGUGUCAUUGUCUUCCUCCAGGUGUACAAUGCCAUUGAGAACCUAGAUGACCAUGUGCUGAUGUAUGACCUAGAUGGGCUGGAAAAGACACUGAAGCAGGAGGUCUUUGGCCAGAGGGAGGCCACAGAACAGCUCUUGAGGCACCUGAAGGACUACCUCUCCACGUAUGUUCAUAGCAGUCCCCUAGCGGUGGCCUUGCAUGGUCCCAGUGGGGUUGGAAAAAGCCACAUUGGACGAAUCUUGGCACGCCACUUCCGCUCUGUAGUUGGAGAGCAGCUGGUGGUCCAAUACUUUACACUGCACCACUGUCCCCUGGAGGAGGAUUCCCAGCACUGUGCAAACACUCUGGCUUCUCGGGUGGCCGAGGUAGUGGGACAGGCAGAGACGGAAGAGAAGAUCCCCAUUUUCAUCUUUGAUGAGAUGGAGUUCAUGCAUCGUCCCUUGCUAGACACCGUUCAGCGACUUCUUCAGCCCAACCAGAAUAAUGAAUACCUGAAUGCCAUCUAUGUUCUCAUCAGCAGUCUUGGGGAAGCUGAGAUUACACGGUAUGUGCUCCAGAACUCCAGUGAGGCAGCAGCCGACCAACAGGGUGCUGGGAGGCUCGGCCGGGAGCUGGGGUCCCUGCUGCGCCGCACCCUGGAGGUUCAUCACCCACUAUGGAAGGAAGCAGAGGUGGUGCCACUGUCCCUGCUGGAAAAGCAGCAUGUGAUUGACUGUUUCCUGGAUGAGAUGACUCGCGAGGGCUUCUAUCCUGACCGUUCCCACAUUGAGCAGUUGGCCGCAGAGCUCUCUUACCACUCAUCGGGGGGCCGCCAGUUCUCCCGCACUGGAUGCAAGCAGGUUGUAGCCAAAGUUAACCUCCUAUGAGGGGUACCCAAAGUCAUUCUUGCCCCUCGAAGAGAGAACGUUUGCAUGAGAAAGACACUUUGGGCUAUAGGGAACCAAGGGAAUGUCGCACACCACUGCCCAUGCUCAAGCUUUGGUUUGUGGGCUUUGAGAAUGGGAAAGCAACCAUGAACAGCAAAAGUGAUGAUAAUGGAGUGAAAAGUAACCUCUGUAUCCAUGGGGAUGACCCACAUUGGAGGCAAGAAAUCGUCUCUCGUAUCAGAGGCUGGAUAAAACACAAAAAAAGCUGUUUCGACACAUUUAUUGCUGUGUCUGAGUAAAUUUGGCUUUUUGCAAAGUCCCCCCUGCUUAAUGUGGUUUUGACACUUAGAUAUGAUAUUUCUCCAUUCGUGUUUCCAGUAAGUGACUUGAGCCUCAGGCUGAUUCGGGCUAGUUUCUGAUGGUAAGAUGCCCAGGGUUUGUGCUGUGUUACUGUUAUACCGGUUUGCUCGAGUGUUGUGUUGAGUGCAUGGCGGCGCAUCAUAGCAGGUAGUGCACUACGUAUGACCUGACCUGCAUGGCAGUUGAGGGUGAGUGCAUUAUUAUGCUUGAACUCCUAAUACAACCUGAAUUCCUGUGGUCUUUCAAGAGCUCAGACUUCAUAAUGGUUCAGCUUUCUUUGACGGUGUUGAAUAACAUUUCUAUCACGUCCAAAAUUGCCGUAAGACAAACCUUAUCAUCCUAACCGUGUCACGCAAAUCUGUCUUUCAUACAAAUCAUUUAGGCUGCAUGAACUUGUUUUCUGAAAUUGUUGGGUUUUUAAUUAAGGAGCUCUUGAGGCAUCCAAGAAUUAAAACCUUUUUACAUCAACCCAUGAAGCAUAUUUUCCCAGUUUAUCAGAUUCACACAUUUCAUACAAGAAAGUGAGACUAAAAAUAAAUUGAGCGUUUUGAAAAUACUGCAACAAAGAACCUCAGUGUGUGUAUGUAGUUCCAUAAGGUGAAGUCAAAAGCAUAAAAUUUUAAACAAUGUUUAACAAUGUUGUUAAAUUAACUGCAUCUAUUUAAAAAAGGAGUACAUUAUCAAAUGUAUGUUCAGAAUAAAUGUGAAAAGACUGAAAACUUUAAAAAUAUGUCCUCAUAGUUGCAUAGUCGCUUUAAACACUUCAAGUGUAAAUAUAUUUCUGAUUUGUAAUAGAUUCACUAUGCACAGGACUGACUUGGCGUACGUGCCUGCCGUAUCUGCACACCACAGGAAGCGGGGCAUAUCACAGAUGAAUAUGUGACAGAUUAAUGUCAGCUCUGCAAGAUUCAGAAUGCUUCAUUUUGCUUCUUUGCAAUGAUCUAUACUGAGAGGAGAGAGGAACUUCUUAAAGUGCAGGAACUUGCACUUGAAAUUCUCACUGUCUUAAUAUGUCAAAAGCAUUGCAUUGAAUGAAUAUAAUAUUGAAAUCAUUUUGAAAUUUUUCAUAUCUGUAACAAUGUAAAUGUGGACAGUUUAAUAAAUCCAAAACAACAUCUAUAAAAUUAAAGUCUUGGAGCAAUGACAUGUGGAACUUGCUGUCUAACUCAACAGUCACAAGUUAAUUCCCCUUAACAGAGACACAGAUGCCACAGCGUGUGUGCGCACAUGCACGCAUGCACACAGACA